GGAGGCCCAGGGCAGGAACGGUGCGACUAGUGACCACCUCUCGGGGAACCAGCAAAGAAAAAAAGAGCCUGCAGACGCUGAGCCCCGGCUCCCGGGAGCCCUCCGCCCCAGCCCCCCGCCCCGCGUUCCCCCUGCGCAGGCAGCAAGGAGAUCUCCCCGCGCCAGCGCAGCUGCGGGGCUAGGCGCGCAGGCCCCCGGGGCGGAGGCGGCCAGCUUGCGGCGGGGCCCGGCCUCCUGGCGCCAGGUGCGCGCCCUGCUGGCCUCGGAGCUGGGGGGCCCCUCCGGGAUGACAAGAGCCGGGCGGUGGCCUUUCUAAAAGUUGGCGGCCACAGCCAGAGGAGGACAAGGAGGAGGAGAAGCUGCCGGGGCCCCCCCACGAUGGAGAGCCCGCAGCCUGACCGAGAUUUUGUAAUCAACCAGGAAGGAUGAGAGCUUCCAUAGCUGAGGUGCUCCACAGAGGGAGGAUGCUGUGGAUAAUUCUUCUAAGCACAAUUGCUCUGGGCUGGACUACUCCUAUCCCCCUCAUAGAGGACUCAGAGGAAAUUGAUGAACCCUGUUUUGAUCCCUGCUACUGUGAAGUUAAGGAAAGCCUCUUUCAUAUACAUUGUGACAGCAAAGGAUUUACAAACAUCAGCCAGAUCACUGAGUUCUGGUCGAGACCUUUCAAACUCUACCUACAAAGGAAUUCCAUGAGGAAAUUGUACACCAACAGUUUUCUUCAUCUGAAUAAUGCCGUGUCCAUUAACCUGGGCAACAAUGCCUUGCAGGACAUCCAGACGGGGGCUUUCAACGGUUUGAAGAUCCUCAAAAGGUUGUAUUUGCAUGAAAACAAGCUAGAUGUCUUCAGGAAUGACACCUUCCUUGGUCUGGAAAGUCUGGAAUACCUGCAGGCAGAUUACAAUGUCAUUAAGCGGAUUGAAAGCGGGGCCUUCCGGAACCUCAGCAAGUUGCGGAUCCUGAUUCUAAAUGAUAACCUCAUCCCUGUGCUGCCAACCAACUUGUUUAAGGCCGUCUCCCUGACUCACCUGGAUCUCCGCGGGAACCGGCUGAAGGUUCUUUUCUAUAGAGGGAUGCUGGACCACAUCGGCAGGAGCCUGAUGGAGCUGCAGCUGGAGGAGAACCCCUGGAACUGCACCUGCGAGAUUGUGCAGCUCAAGAGCUGGCUGGAGCGCAUCCCCUACACAGCACUGGUGGGAGACAUCACCUGCGAGACCCCCUUCCAUUUCCAUGGCAAGGACCUGCGGGAGAUCCGCAAGACCGAGCUCUGCCCCCUGUGGUCCGAGUCAGAAGUGGAGGCGAGCUUGGGGAUCCCUCACUUGUUGUCCAGCAAGGAGAACGCGUGGCCCACCAAGCCUUCAUCCAUGCUGUCCUCCGUCCAUUUCACCGCUUCCUCCGUCGAGUACAAGUCAUCCAAUAAGCAGCCCAAGCCCACCAAACAGCCUCGGACGCCCAGGCCACCAUCCACGUCCCAAGCCUUAUACCCGGGUCCGAACCAGCCCCCUAUCGCCCCCUACCAGACCAGGCCGCCCAUCCCCAUCAUCUGCCCCACCGGGUGCACCUGCAACCUGCACAUCAAUGACCUGGGCUUAACGGUCAACUGCAAGGAGCGAGGCUUCAGCAACAUCUCGGAGCUCCUGCCCCGGCCCCUGAACGCCAAGAAGCUGUACCUGAGCAGCAACCUCAUCCAGAAGAUCUACCGCUCUGACUUCUGGAACUUCUCCUCGCUCGACCUGCUACACCUGGGCAACAACCGCAUUUCGUACGUGCAGGACGGGGCCUUCCUCAACCUGCCCAACCUCAAGAGCCUCUUCCUCAACGGCAAUGACAUCGAGCGGCUGACCCCGGGCAUGUUCCGGGGCCUGCAGAGCUUGCACUACUUGUACUUCGAGUUUAACGUCAUCCGGGAGAUCCAGCCAGCAGCCUUCAGCCUCAUGCCCAACCUCAAGCUGCUAUUCCUCAACAACAAUCUGCUGAGGAGCCUGCCCACCGAUGCCUUCGCGGGCACCUCCCUGGCCCGCCUCAACCUGCGCAAGAACUACUUCUUGCACCUGCCUGUGGCGGGCGUGUUGGAGCACCUCAAUGCCAUCGUGCAGAUUGACCUCAACGACAACCCUUGGGACUGCAGCUGCGAGCUGGUGCCGCUCAAGCAGUGGAUUGACACCAUCAGCUCCGUGAGCGUGGUAGGCGACGUGCUCUGCCGCAGCCCCGAGAACCUGACACGCCGCGACGUGCGCGCGCUCGAGCUCGAUGUGCUCUGCCCUGACCUGCUGCGCGCGCCUGCGCAUGCGCCCGCUGGGUCCUCGCCAGCGCAGCAGCCCGGUGGUGGGGAGCGAAGCCCGGCCUCUGCCUCAGGGGACCCCACAGGCGUGGCACCAGGCGAGUUCGCACCCCCUGGGGGCCCUGUGCCACUGUCAGUGCUGAUCCUCAGCCUGCUGGUCCUCUUCUUCUCUGCUGUCUUCCUAGCGGCUGGCCUGUGUGCCUAUGUGCUGAGGCGCCGCAGGAAGCAGCUGCACUUUCGGGGCGGGGCCAAGCGGGCAGAAGCUGUGGACCUGACGGGGCUGCCUCUGCAGUGCCACCGACUCUUCGACGAGGGUGGCGGCCCUGGGGGCACAGGGGGUGGCAGCUGCGGCGGUGGGGGUGCCCAGCGCUCCUCCCCGGACAAGGCUCCACCGGUGGGACACGUGUAUGAGUACAUCCCGCACCCGGUCACGCAGAUGUGCAACAACCCUAUCUACAAGCCCCGAGAGGAAGAGGAGGACUCACAGCCCCCGCCUCCACUGCAGCUGCCGCCGCCACAAGCUGCAGCGGGGGAUAUAGGGGGUGUGGAGCGCUCCGCCCUGGGCUCCACUUCCGGCUCUAGUUCCGGCCCCUCCGGGGGGCUGCAGGCCAGCUGUGACGCUGAGCCUCCGCGUGGGGAGAGCCACGGUAGCAGCUACCGGACCUUGCUGGAGAAGGAGAAGGAGUGGGCGCUGGCGGUGUCCAGCUCGCAGCUCAACACCAUAGUGAAGGUCAACCACCACGCGCACCCGCUUCCUGUGCCAGAGGCCGCCCGCCUCCCCGACAGGAACGGCGGGGUACUGCUGCUGCCGCCCGCGGGCUUCGGCGGGGACUGCCUGUACGGCACAGCGCCCAGGCUCAAGGAGCUGAGGCUGCACGCGCCGCCCGGCAUGCAGUACCCCGACCUGCAGCAUGACGCGCGCCUCAAGGACCCGCUGCUGGCGGCGCGCUGCUUCCCAGAGCGGCCGCAGCCCGACUACCUAGAGCUCAGGGCCAAACUGCAGGCCAAGCCCGACUACCUCGAGGUGCUAGAGAAGGCCGCCUACCGCUUCUAGAUGCGCGCACACAUACACGUAGUGAAUAAAACCAGUGCUCUCUUCCUUCUUUUCUGCUUUUCUUUCUUCCUUUCCUUACCGCUCCCACCACCACCCCCCUGUCUGUACCCUUCCUCCACCUUUGGGUCAACCGACAAAGGGAAAUAAAAUUUAAAAUUAUCGUCAUCAUCAUCAUCAUCAUCAUCAUGAUGAAAAAUCUAGCCCACCCUUGCUCCCUGUCUACUGGUCCAAGUUUAACUUCAUGCUCACAGACUCGUCCUACCCUGACUGGGACUUGGAAAAAAAAAAAAUCGCAUGAUGGCUAGGAAAACAAAACAAAAAUUACAAAUGUAUGCCUUCCCUGUCAGCCAUGGUCUGGAGGAAGGGCCAUACUGAUAUCAUUAAUGAAGUGCCUUCGCAGACUUUUGCCAGCAAAUGUUACCAUUAUUUUUUUAUACUGAGACUCCGAGACUUUGACUGUGCCCUGUAUAAGGUAUAUUGGGAUCACUGUAUUGAUCCGAAUUAAGUCAAAUUCAAUGUGUCUUUUUUUAAUUUCCAGACACCCCCGCUUUUUUUUUCUCUCACCCUUUUUCUUUUUUUCUUUUACUUGUAGCUUUGUUCAGUGGGAGGGCGGGUGGCUGGGUGGGUGGGGGUGGGGGAGUGGGUGGGGACCAAAAUGGUAAAAUUUCUUUUCUCAUCGCGGCACAGAUUUCUGUACGUGUAUUAACAAGGCAGUUUGCUGCAUGCCUGUGAACUACAGGAUGGGGAGGGAGGGGCGGGUCUUGCUGGAAUGUUCUCACCUACCCUUUUGUCUCUUAGACACAUGCCCACGCCAGUGCCAGUCACAGACCCCGGAAGGGUCAGGUCCCUAAGCCUGCAGCCCCUAGCUUCUGGCGCAGGUACACAUACACACACGCACACACACGCACACACACUCCCAUCAACUCAAUCUGAUCAGUUUAGGUUUGCUCCAUUGUCUCCUCUCCAUGGACUCUCCUCCUCCUGACCCUUGGCGCACAGCUCACAGCCUUUCUCCUGCCUCCCGGGGUAGCAGUCCCACUCUGGGCUGCAGCCCCAGGACCUCUAGGCCUGAGGUGGGGGACGGGUUGUGGGUGGGGUUGCAAUCAGUCGCACAGCCUAAGGGUGAACGAGCACCCUCUUUGUGACAUUUCAUCCUAAUGCCAGGAUUUUUUGGAGAACACCUGCACUUUCUUAUAUACAUAUAUAUAUAUAUAUAUAUAUAUACAUAAUAAAAAUAAUAUAAAAAAGCAACUGGGUAUAUAUCACUAACAGCUUUGUAGGAAGCACUUUUAAUGUUUUUUUUUUCUCUCACACACAACGAUUCAAAAGAAAUGUGCAUAUAUUUAUUCUGUAAUUUCAGUGAUUAUAAAUUGUAAACGUAAUGUUUAAUCAUUGUACAGUGAUUAUGCGUCUGGUAUAGCUUUCCUAAUAAAAUGUUUUUGAAAAGCAUAAUACAUUAUAUAUAAAGGAUACAAAGCUUGAACCUUAACCUCCGGCUA